AAAUAUGUCUGCAAUUAAUUAUUGUUUACUCAUAUUAUUACAUAUGUUGUUAUUGUCGUUGACUAUCACUACUAUCCAGUCGACUAAUAGCACCGGCAGUAUAGACAGCUCAUCCAAUAUCAAUCUAACCGUUUACUAUGAAUCGCUGUGUCCCGAUUGUCAACGAUUUAUUGGCCAACAAUUGGUGCCGACCUACCAGAGUAUUGGCCAAAUCAUUAAUGUAGAUCUGGUUACGUUUGGUUGGACUAACUGGACUCGUAUUAAUAGAAGUGACGGUAGCUAUGAUGUGGAGUUCAAGUGCCAGCACGGAGUUCAGGAAUGUCUGGGCAAUGAAAUUCAUAACUGUGUACUCAAAUGGGAACCGGUAGAUCGGGCCAUCCAAAUGUUUGGCUGUAUGUUCAACUCGACCUACUUUAAGACACCGGCCAUUGCUGGCAAAGAGUGUUCACAACAUUUAGGCAUCAAUUGGACAGUUAUUAAUGACUGUUCGACGGGACCGUUGGGCAGAGGACUGACACUGGUAUCGGGAAAUAGAUUCAAAAGUUUGAAACCUAUGCCCAAAUUUGUUGAAUGGUUGGUCAUCAAUGGUAGGCAUACGGAUGAUAUGGAAAAAAAGGCCAGCAAUAAUCUACUCAAAUAUUUGUGCGAUAUUUAUACGGGUCCAAAACCAAGUGGAUGCUAUACUUAAUUUUUUUUAAAAAUAAU